CACACAGGCCAUAUGACUGAGUCAAGCUCAGUUUUUAGUUUGUAACCGAGUUGAGAUAAGGCUUUCUGGGAACUGUAGCCUGGUUGGACAGCAUUCCAUUUAGAAAUAACCAUGUGUGCUCAGCAGCUGGGACUUUCUUUACUGCUCUAAGAAACUUGGAUAUAUAAAGUAAGCUGUGUAAGAUGUCCCUGAUGGCCAUGUCUGCUCCCCGGUCGUCUAUGUUUACAUUUGAGUCUACAGUGCAUUCCUCCCAUGUGUUACGCUGCCUGGAUGACCAGCGUCGCCGGGACAUGCUGUGUGAUGUUACAGUAGUGGUGGAGGGUCAGAGUUUCAGAGCCCACCGCUCGGUGCUCGCUGCCUGUAGUGAAUACUUCACACACAGGAUCUCCUCCCUCACACAACAUGGAGCGGUCAUCACCCUGCCACAAGAGGUGACAGUUGCUGGUUUUAAACCUUUGCUGAAGUUUGCCUACACAUCCAAACUACUCUUUGGGAAAGAAGAUGUCUUAGAAAUACGUAACUCAGCUUCGACUCUUGGGUUCAGAGACCUGGACGAGGCAUGCUUUGAUUUCCUCCUCCCCAAGUUCUUCUCCAGCAGCAAGGGCUCUGUCCCUUUUCCUAGAAACACCUGUUGUAAGAAGAAAUGCAAGAAGCAGAUACCAAAGAAAGACUGCAUAGACUCUGGCAAUGUUUUGUUGGACAAGAAAGAAGUAAAACCAGUUGCUGACUCACCAUCUCAGCCGGAAGUGGCUUUGCUCUGCAAAAAAUCAGUGAACAGCAAAAUGGGAAGUCAGAAUAGUACAGGCACUCUUACACCUGUAGCUGAAGGGGCAAAUGAUAAUUUUAUGCAGUGUCCAAAGUACCGCAAGUUCCAGCUUGCUUGUGGGAAGGAAACUUGUGUCAUAGAGAAAAGUUUAACAGUAAUCAGGGAUGACUGUGACCUAUCCUGCUCGCCCUGCUCCAGCAGCGCAAACAGUAAGAAUGAAAUUGGACAAACACAUUCCACCAGGCAGAACGAAGGCAGGGCUAAUGAGCCAUGGAAAACUGAAAGAUAUGACAAGAAAACAGAAGAUGGUGAGAGCAGAGGGGACGUCCAUAUGGUUAAGAAAGACACAGACAAAAAAGAUGGAAAAUGGGAUGAGAAUCAAAGAGAGACUGAUAUUACUGAUAUGAAGAUGGAGGAAGAGAUGGAGCUCAACACCAGCACCAGCUCUUCAGACAGAUCCAGUGUCAAAGCAGUCUCCUUGGGGCAAAGAGCAGUACUGGGUCAGAGGUCACAAGGGUUAAUAUUGUACCAGUGCCCUCUGAGGGCCUUAACAGAGGGUUCUGCAGUCACUAGGUCACUGGGGCAGGACAGGUUUGUCAUGGACUUUAAAGAGGACAAGAAACCAAGGGACUCUAGUGUAGUAGGGCCAGUAUCCUGUUAUCCAAAGGCAGAGGAAGUGGUAGAAGCUGAGGGGAAAAGGGCAGGCAAUGCAUGGGAAGAAAGAGUAAAAGGAGAAGAAACAGGCAGCAUGGAAAGGGCAACUCUGCCGGUGAACAAUACAAAAGAGGAGAGGACCAUGGAAAGGGAAGUGGCUGAGCGCUUGGCCAAGGCACCGGGGUCUGAUGUAGGCUUGUCUCAGCUGAACUUCCAGAACCCUGAUGCAGGAAGUUCCUCUGACACAGGAAGUGGACAGAUGCAGACCACGUCUUUAGAGUGGCUGAAGCUUCAAGUCAACCUCAGCUCCAGCAACACAGGCUGCCCCUUUUUCCAGGACCUGGACCAAAGCAAAUGUUUGUGGAAGGGAGCAGGGCAGUCUGAGAGCGAGGGGGCGUCUCACUCAGGAGUAUCAUCCCUAACCUCAGGGGAGGAUGGAGACUCAGAGACAGAAACAGAAGGAGACAGUGAGUCCUACACAAGAGAGAGGGCCAGACAGGUGCAGUUGCCAUUCUCUGUAGACUGGAUCGUGGACCUGAGCCGAAAUGACUUCCAGCAGCUGCUGAAGCAACAGGUCUUUACGCCUGAACAGCUGGAGUUUGUCCAUGACAUGAGACGGCGCAGCAAAAACCGCCUCGCAGCUCAGCGCUGCCGCAAGAGGAAGCUGGACUGCAUAUACAAUCUGCAGUGUGAAAUCAACAAGCUGAAGACAGAGAGGGAGAAGCUUAUCAUGGAGAAGAGCCAGCUGAAUCAGCUGAAGGUGAAAACAUGUCACAGUGUCUCUGCCUUGUGCCAAAGGGUCUGCAACGAAGCCAACCUGCAGCCAGAGCAGCUCCAGGUGUUAGCCAAGUACACGUCCCCAGACUGCCCUCUGUCCUCUCUCUUUCCUCACAUAGACAAUCUCCUUUCACAGCCUGGGUUUCCAGUACAGCCCCUGACUUCACUCUCAGCCUGUUCUAUGGCGUCUGAAGAGCCUUUGUCCACCUCCAGCAGGGACACAGUCACAGGAGAUGGUCGUCAUUCACUCUAGGUACACAUCCAGCACACAUGCUGAAAGUUUUGAUUAAAGUCAUAGGAUCACAGCGCCCGUGGUUAUGAUGUCAAUGUGGUUAUUAAACCAAAGGUUCCCAACCUGUAUCACACAGUAUCGAAGGAUAUUUCCAUGGACUGUGGACUGAGUACAGGCUGCAAAACAAAGCAAUCAAGUACUUGUGAUCUUAUCGUAAUGUGACAGUGCAUUUAUAAUGACAAGGCCACAUGGGUUUUAAUAAACUCCCGGUCACACAGUCAAAAACCAUUCCAUUUAUUGUUCCACCAAUUACAAGUCUUUGGUGGCCCUCUGUAGUAAAUAUUUCCAGCACUGCAAAUGGCUUAUUACAGUUUGUUUUCUGGUUGAAGGUGAGAGGUACCUGCUCACAAAUCAACGCAGCUAGGGUGCAUGUUAACAACGUUAACUGUUAAACUGAGACAAUCACAGCCUUAAUCAUAAAUCAGCGGGAACAAUGGUCUCUGUGUUUGUAAUAUGCUUCAGUGCUUGAUUACCUCAGGAUGAAAAAAUAAAUCAUCCUUAAAUAGCAUUUUUAUACAGUUUGAUACAACAUUCAGCGUACAUUGCACACAAAGUUGGUUCUGCCCUCUCUCCAUGUAGAGUGCAACACACCACUGCAUUUUGCACCAAAACCAUACAACUCAACAAAAAGACUUGACAUAGUGUGCCGUGUUUACCUUCUGGUCGUACAUCUGGCUCUCAUAUUUCAGGCCGUCAUUGUGGUCACCUCUCCUCGGCUGACCACAGUGACACAGCUCUUCUAGGCUGCACACAUCUCUCAAGCUUUGCUUUGACUUACAAAAACAGACCUCACAAAUUUGACUAAUAAUGUUUAAAGCGCUAGAGAAACUGAACCUCAGCAAAGGUUUUAUACUUGAACACAGUAUACUUUGACGAGAAAAGCUGCCUCAUCUAGGAUGUAAUGAAAAUCAUCGAAGUCCCGCAUUGUGUGUCUGUCCUGUAUUGUGCCAGCCACUGGACUUGGACUCUUCUCUCUUUUUAUUAGAUGGAAGUAUUGUGUGUUACCCACAAUCUGAUUAUUUUAACACCCUUAUCUAAAUUACUUGUAGCAACACGUGCAUCCCAUUCUGUACUCUAUUUUGUGUUGCUUUUCUGUUGACGUCUUCCCUGCUUAUAGUCAGUCUUGGACACUCAGGACUUUUCACAGAAAAGCAGCUUUGCCGCUUCUCUCCCUGAUUCCUCAAGAUCAAGUUUCACUGUAUUUUUUUGUGCAUAUAUUUAUAGAUUUAUUAUCUGCAUAAUAAUCAUCACAGUGCAGUCUCAAAGUGAUAUGAGUAAAAUCUGAAACAAUCAAUGCUGUAAAUACACAAAUCAGGUCUACAUUGAUUUUAUGAGAAAAUGCUGAGUAGCCAUAUUUCAGGAUAAUGAGCUUUAAAGGUGUUUAGUGAUGGUUAAUGACAAAAGAAUGUUUUUUACUCACACCAAUUCAGCUGCAGACUGCGGAUGCAGUCAAAGUGAUGCAUGAUAAUACUGGUGCUUAUUGCCCUCUAGUGGCGGUGCAUGUAGAUAGACCGAGAGCUGUAUAGAUAUGUACUACCGUAUAUGCUGCACAAAUUGCUCUUCUACAGUUCCUUUAUUUUUAAUGCACAAAAAUGACUGCAUCUUUCUAUGACUAUGUCCAAAUGGAUUCCUUGCAUUUUUUUUUAAGAAAACGUGAAACCAAACCAAUCAACAUUAAAACAGAGAGAAAAAAAAACUG